AUGAAUGUGGUCAUGAGACAAAUACCAGUCUGGUACAAACACUCACCCUAUGAUCAAAUUAGCAAACAGAACAGCAGAAUAAACGUCAUUCUGGAGCCUCCAAAUCCUUCGGGUCGCCCUGUACAACUUCUGGGCCAGUGGGAGGAAUACGAAGAUGUUUCUGGCAGAAAAUUCUAUGUCCACAUCUUCACUAAGGAAAGAUCCUGGAAACCCCCCAGAUCUGUCCCGCCUAAGAAGGAUGCCAAGGUAUUAUCUGAGACUGCUGCAGAAACGCUUUCAAAUGUGAAGAACGUUGAAGCUGUGCAGAUGAGAAUAAAGAGCCCAAAUUCCCAACACGAGCGACUGAGCCAGUCCAAGUCAAUGGUCAUCAUCGAUCCUGGAGAAAUUAGCAAGCAGAUUUCUCGCCACCGAAGGAAUCAUUCUCAACACUACGUGACUGAGAACAGAAUUUCUAAAGAUAUCCUAGUAAGCCAAUCAAAAGAAGGAAUCCUAAAUAAAACCAAGAUAGCAGACAGAGGAAAGAAAUUAAGGAAAAACUGGGUCCUGUCCUAUGUUGUGCUUUCUGAGCAGAGACUUGAAUUCUUCAAGGAUGCCAAAGACCUGACACCAAGCUUGAAAUCAGGCACUAAGUCAGAGUGUGUAGACCUUUGUGGGGCAGUUAUUGAGUGGACAAGUGAGAAAUCUAGUCGUAAGAAUGUGUUUCAGAUCACAACACUGUCAGGAAGUGAAAUCCUUCUGCAGUCGGAUGUAGACAUCACCAUAAAAGAAUGGUUCCACGCCAUCCGAAAUACAAUUGACAGUUUGGCAACGAGGCAGCUGUUUCCACCAUUGGGCAUUAGCGUUCGUAAGUCUGCAAGUUCAGAAUUACUACACUCAGGGGCAGAAUCCAGAGAAAAGAAAACUGAGCUAAGGAAAUCACUGGUGCUCAGAUUAAACUACAGCGCUUCAGACACAUCUGACAAAUCCCGCGUUAAAACCCGACUAAAGAAGUUUAUUUCCCGACGUCCAUCACUGAAGACUUUACAGGACAAAGGAAUCAUUAAAGAUCAAGCGUUUGGAUGUCACCUGGCAAUACUCUGCCAACGUGAAAACUCCACCGUUCCUCAAUUUGUGCGAACGUGUAUAGAAGCCGUGGAGAAGAGAGGUUUAGAUGUGGACGGUUUAUACAGAGUCAGCGGGAACCUUUCCACCAUCCAGAAGCUGAGAUUCAUCGUGAAUCACGAAGAGAAGCUGAAUUUGGACGACAGCCAGUGGGAGGACAUACACGUUGUCACAGGAGCACUCAAGAUGUUUUUCCGAGAGCUGUCGGAGCCCCUGUUCCCACGUAGCUUCUUUGAGCAGUUUGUAGAAGCAAUAAGAAUCCAGGAUAGUGACCUCCAAGUAAAAACUAUGCGGAAUCUGGUGAAGCAGCUCCCUGUGACUAACCAUGACACCAUGAAAGCCCUCUUUGAACAUCUUCGAAGGAUUGUCAUCAAUACAUCUACAAACCUUAUGUCCACUCAGAGCUUGGGAAUUGUGUUUGGGCCAACACUUCUGAGACCAGAGAGCGAUGCAGGAAGCAUGACCGUCCACAUGGUGUAUCAAAACCAAAUUGUAGAACUUAUGAUAACUAAAUAUGAAGACAUUUUCUGCUAAGUUUUGUACUUAAAACUCAACUCUUUCCCAUUCUACUCACCUCCAGCUAAUUGUUAGUUUUUAUUUUCAACAGUGUAAUCAAACGUU